AUGGCCAAUGCAAAGUCUACGGUCCAGGAGUCUCUACGACGACCCCUAUCUGAACUCAUAAGGCCAUCUUCUUUAGAGAAUGUCGUUGGUCAAGAGCACCUUCUUAGCAGCUCUAAUGGCUCCAUCACCAACUUCAUAACCUUAGGCUACCUACCAUCAAUGAUCCUAUAUGGUCCACCUGGAGUGGGCAAAACAACGUUGGCAAAACUUCUUGCAGAAAAGACAUUUUAUGUAUUUAGGGAGUUUUCAGCUACAGAUGCUACUCUUGCGCAGUUGAGAGAGCUCUCAUUGGUUAUAUUAGAGGAGAAUAAGAAGAGAAGUAGAAGGAACGAGGAUAGGCUUAGAGCCGUCAUAUUCAUAGAUGAGAUUCAUCGGUUCACGACUACUCAGCAGGAUGUCUUGCUACCAUUCAUUGAAAGUGGGUCUUUCGUCUUCAUUGGUGCCACUACGGUAGAUCCCAAGAAAAGAAUACGAAGAGCCAUUAUGUCACGGUGUCAGCUUUUUGAGCUCAAACAGCUUUCCAAAAAUGACGUGAAGCGCGUUGUUGAGAAGGCAAUUGUAUUUGAAAACAUCCGCAGGCGGAUGUUGUCUGAUUUGCCAGCCUUGGAUCUCGAGGAAGGCUCUGCUGACGUGAUUGUGUCAUAUGCUCAUGGAGACGGGAGAACAGCAGUAAAUUUCAUUGAGCUUUUGAGCUCGAAGAUUGAUAGAAAGGAGACGCGGCUUACGAAGGAGGAAGUUGAAAGCUCCAUUCGGAGCUUGACAAAAGUACGGUUUGGUCUUCAGAACGAACAGAAUGUGAAAUUUCUUGAGCAGCUUUACGACUUUAUGAAUCAGAGGCAACCAUCUGAUACAGCUAAGCUCACAGAAGCCCGCCAGCAUGUACACUAUGAACACGACGAGGCUGCCAGACGGUGCUUUGUCACUGUAGACGUCAAAGGUGCUAUGGAGGCUGCCUCCGACUUGGAAAGCUGUCAGGGGGAUGUAUCUGAUGAUGAGUUUUCUGACGACGACAUGAACGAGCCGGGUCCGAUCUAUCUGGAUGAAGAAGAAGAGGUCACAUACUCUAACCGGGUGUCAAGAACCAAAUACUUUGUUCAAGCUGCUGCACAUACCAUGCUAAAGCUUUUGGCAGAUGGAGAACUGCCUCACUUGAUCAUGAAGUACCUAAUACUAUACAAUUGCGUUUACGUUGACGUUGGCAGUUCGAAACUACCGAACAUCAUGGCAGUGCAUAAGUCACUUCAAAAAGCCACAAUCAACCCACAUGUUGCAUUAACCAACUGCAUUGAGCAGUUAACUUUUGCCAAAAAAUGGAGAGGUGAACUUAUCACUCGAACCUUACGACUCUUGAAGGCUUAUUUCAGCUCAAGCCUACCCAAGGCCGAAAAGGAUCACGACGAAGGUGCACUUCGAGUGGUAUACGACCACACUCUUUUGAAAGAGCUUCUCACAGACCCCCGAUCAAAAGCUGAAACAAUGCCAUGCAUGCCUUACAAAGAUGUUUGCUACGAUUUUGAGGAGUCGGAUUAUACCUUGGGGAACUCCGGCAUGAGCCUACUAGAAUAG